AUGACUGACCAUAUAAAACCAUCAACUUCGACCGAUCCACCAACAUCAUCAUCAGUAUCAAAUAAAUUUGAUUUAAACCAAUAUUUAAUUUGCUCAAAUAACCCACUGAGUGAAUCUAAUUCUAUUGCUAAUAUCAAUUUUCAAAAAGAUAAUGAAUCUUUAAUUUAUCCUUUAGUUUCUUCUUCUUUGUCAAAUAAUAAUAAUGGUAAUAAAUUUUUGAAAUAUUCUUCUAAAGUUCCUAUAAAAUCUCAAGAUAUCAAGAAUUAUGAUGAUCAAUUAGAUGAAAAUUUCUUAAAUCCAUCUCCUAAUUUCACAACUACUAAUACAAACAUAAGUAAUAAUACUUAUCUUGUAAAAGAUUUUGAUAAAGCUGAAUAUCUUAGUAGUAAUUCAUCAUCUAAUAGUCAAAUUGGUACUGCUACAAUUGGUAAAUCUAAUUCCAAUUCUGGUUCAAUUGGGGUUGAUAUUUCUCAUACUACUGCUACUGCUGCUGCUACUACCACCACAACUAUUGCAACAAUUACUGAAGGUUCAUCAUCGUGUAAAUUUCAAGUUUCACCAAUUGAAUUUGAAGAUUUUGAAAGGGAAUUGAAUAAUAAUGAUGAUGAUGAUCAAUUUUCAAAUGGCAAUGGUGAACCUACUUUGAUUUGUUGGUCUUCUGAUAAGAUCCAUUUCUUAAAUCCAAAUCUAAUUCAAGAUGAUGACGUUGAAGAAGAAGAACAGCAACAUGAACAAGAGAUUGCUAAUCAAAUUGAAAAUGAUGAAGGAUAUGAAUAUGAACAAGAGAAUAAUAAUGACAAUAGUGAUUAUAAUUAUAGAUUUAUUGCAUUUGGAAGUUCACCACCACCUGCUCAAUUUCUUUCUUCACAACAACAACAAUUAUUGAAUCUUCAAAAAACAAGCAGUGAUACCUUAACUGCUAAUGAAUCCGAAUCAAGUGCUAUAAUCGAUGGAUGUACCACAGCUAUUGCUAUUGCUAUCAAAGCCAAACAACUGUUAAGUCAAUUGUUGACUUAUAAUAAUAACAAUAAUACAAGUAGUAAUAUUUUCUUGGAAUAUCUGAAAAGUGACGAAGAACUGGAACAUAUGUCAGAAAUGAAGGAAAAGUUAGGAUUAAAACCUGCUUUUGUGUAUAAAAAGAAGACAACCACAGAAGAUGAAAACAUUUGCGGGCCAUCACAAACAUCAGCCAAGAAUGAAUACCAUGAUUUACCUUCUUCACCAAUUGUUCUUGUCAAGAAACCCAAUGAAAACGUAAAAGAUGAUCAAGAUAAUUUUGAAGAUAAAGAUGAUACUUACAAAACUUCUUCAAUACCUUUGGAAGAAGAUCGAAAAUUUAAGAGAAGAUUCAAGAAAAGUGGUGGACUAAGAAAGAAUGCCCUUAUGAUACAUCCAUUUACUAUAAGAUUUAAUGAACGUAAAGAAGAAUUUAGUCAACAUAUGGAACAGAUCAAUGCUUUAGAACAAAAACAACAAAAAGUCGAACGACAACAACAAGCUGCUGAACGUAGAUCACGAAGAAAAGAAUUAUCUUGUACAAUUUCUUCUAAACCCACAACCAACCCUAAUGGUGCUACUGAAAUAUAUGAAAUAGGACCCAAAAUAUUACCUGAACCAUUUAGUAAAGAAUUUCAUAAUUUACGUAAAAAAAAGUUUUUACCAUUACUGGUAUUAAUGGAAGAUCCAGAAUACCAAUUAGGAUAUGGUCAAAGUACAAAUUAUAAUUUAAAAACCAAAAACACCACAAGAUGUCCAAAUAGACCAAAUAGUCAAGGGAAUUUAGGACCAUAUAGAGUUCAAAAUUCCAAACCAAAACAAAACUUAUCAACUACGAAUGGUAUUUCAUCAUCAUCAUCAUCUUCUUCCUCCACAUCAUCAUCAACAUCAACAUCAGCAUCAGCUUCAGCAUCGUCUUCAUCUUCAUCCACAUCAUCAUCAACAACUAGAUCCAAAGAAUUAUCAGAAAAGAAAAAACAGCAAACAUCAACCAAACAAGAAUCUAAUAAAGUUGGAUCAUCAUCAAGUAAAGAAACGGAGUUUAAAAAUGAUAGAUAUUAUUCAAGAUUAAAUAUUUAUGAAUUAUCUAAAAUAUUAAAUUUACAUCAAUAUUCUAUUCAAUUAACUAAAUUAAUUGAACUAAAUAUUUUAGAAAUAUUUGGAAAUUAUUGUGAUUUUCAAUUAGGUUAUCAAACUUGGAUAAGAGAUACUACAAAAAUUAAAAGAAAAGAAUUAAUUCAACAAUUAUAUUCUUAUACUGUUGAAUUUUAUCCAGAAAUUGAUCCUUUCAAAUUAGAAGUUAUUAUUAGAAGAGGAAGUUAUAGUUUGAUGCAAACUAGAUUGAGAAGAGAACGUAGAUUAAAACAAAGAUCAAGAGAUUUCAAUUGA